CGGAAAUGACCCGGAUUCAAACUUUUAUUCCACCAGACUCAGCUUGCUAAUAACAUCGAAAGAUCUGUGAAGUCUUGUGGAAUUUUGCUAAUAAUACAUUGAGAAUGUAUAUUUGAACAUCAAUGGACACGGAUCGACGCCUCGCUGUUAGGAGUUGACGUCAGGAGGUGUAGCGACUGUUUCCACUGAGCACGGACCGUCUCCAGGACACUACCAAGAUCGUUCAGACCCUUCCUACUUGGCGUGCCCAGUGCAGGCUGGUGAGAUACCUGCGCCAGGAUGACGUGCAGGGAUCGCACCAACGAGUUUCAGUCCGCUUGCAAAUCCCUACAGACCAGACAGAAUGGCGUUCAGCCCACCAAGCCAGCCCUCAGUGCUCUCAAGCAACGCAGUGACUUCACCCUCAUGGCCAAGAGAAUAGGGGAAGACUUGAGUAAAACGUUUGCUAAACUAGAGAAACUCACUAUAUUGGCUAAAAGAAAAUCUCUAUUUGAUGACAAGGCAGUGGAGAUUGAGGAGUUAACCUACAUCAUCAAGCAGGACAUUAACAGCCUGAACAAGCAGAUAGCCCAGCUGCAGGAUCUGAUCCGUUCACGUGGAGCGCCCAGUGGCAGACACAUCCAGACCCAUUCCAACACCAUCGUCGUCUCCCUGCAGUCCAAACUGGCGUCUAUGUCCAAUGACUUCAAGUCAGUUCUAGAAGUAAGAACAGAGAACCUGAAGCAGCAGAAGAGCAGAAGAGAACAGUUCUCUCAGCCUCCUGUCUCUUCUUCUCCUCUCCUCGCCAACAACUUCAAGAGUUCAGUGUUGAUGCAGGAUGAGUCCAGGAGUAUGGGGGGUGAGGUGGCCAUCGACAUGGACAACCAGUCUAACCCUCUACAGCUCCAGCUCAUUGAUGAGCAGGACUCGUACAUCCAGAGCCGUGCAGACACCAUGCAGAACAUUGAGAGCACUAUCGUAGAGCUGGGCUCCAUCUUCCAGCAGCUGGCUCACAUGGUGAAGGAGCAGGAGGAGACAGUACAGAGGAUUGAUGCUAACGUGGAGGACACCCAGCUCAACGUGGACAUGGCUCACACAGAGAUCCUCAAGUACUUUCAGUCUGUGUCCUCCAACCGCUGGCUCAUGGUCAAGAUCUUCCUCGUCCUCAUCGUGUUCUUCAUCGUCUUCGUGGUCUUCCUCGCCUGAGCAGGGAGAAACUACAGAGAAAGAAGAGGAUUGAGAAGAAGAGGAGGAGGAAGGUGGAUAAGUCUGAUUGGUCACUCCUAUAAAACACUAGUCGACCAAUAGUUCAGGCGGAGUCAUGCGAUCUGAAAUAAGACAAUGGGAAAGGUUGGACUGAGACGAGGGGUUGCCACAGCAUCAGGGCAGUGGGACUGGUGGAGUGUUAUUGGACGGUUUGGGACUUGAGGUCCAGCAGACCAAUAAAUUAUAGUAGUUCUCCCCCCACAGAGAUGAAUGAAAUACCUGUAAUGAAAAGGAUAUGGUAUCGAAAUAUACUUUAUAAUAUGACCAGAAUACUUGUCAUACUGUUCUUUGUUACUUUAGAGACUAAAUCAUCAUAAAACGUUUAAUCAAAAAUGGCUAUUUAAUGGUUUGAUUCUGCAAACUAGUUUUGGUUUUUGGUUGAUUUUCUUUGACCCCUCAUGUAGUGUUGAUUGAUUGGUUGUAAGACAGGAAGCGCUUACUCAUCAACCAAACGUUUUCUUUCUCAUAUUGUAAUUAUGUCUUCUAGUUUUUGUUCCUCAUUAUUAUCCUAUUUGUAUUAAAGAGAGCGAGAAUUGUUUAAAGUCCCUCUAUCAUUCACGCCAUGCAUGAGUGCAACCAGUUGUUGUUGGGGGGGUGCUUUCAAGUCUCUUUAUUUGCCAAAUGGGGACUUUCAAUUUCAAAGAAAUGUGACGACACCUGUGGUACUAGCUGUUGUUUUAUGAAGUACAGGAGGGUUAAAGGUGGUUUAAACUGACGAGGACAUUCCCUUCAUAUACCCAAUCAUAAACACAAUGUGACGAGUCAGACCCGAACAGUUUGUAACAAGUUACAUAACACUUAUUGCAGAUCUAACAGUUUAGAUGACCUGGUUUACCUGCCAGCAAGUCAGCUGGGGUCAGUUUGAAUACUGUUACCUGUGGCUGUUUCCCAAAUGGCACUAUUUCCUGUAUAGUGCACUACUUUGAUCAGAACUUUAUCAGCCCUGGACAAAAGUAGUGCACUAAAUAGGGAGUAAGGUGCCAUUUGGAAUGCAUCCUGUGUCAUUACGUUGUAUUGUCAUUUGAGAUAAACCCUUUUAACAGGUUGUUGUAACAGCUGUUAUAAACAUGGUUAUGACAGGCUAUGAAGGGCUGAAAGGACACUAGUGAAGUGACUUUCUCUACCAAACUUCUCCGCAACUGGUCAGUUUGGACCUCCCUGCUUUAUUGGAGACUGUCCUCUUCAUCUCCUCAUUCUCUCUGAGGACAGACGUCUCUGAGGACAGACGUUUAUGUACAGGCUAUUAUUUAACCACCAGAACUUUGUUAAUAAGAAAACACUCCUAUUUCUUCCCUCUUUUUUAGCCAAAUGCCUUGACUUCUACAGUGUAUAAAGAGCUAAUACUGCUAAUGUAUUGAAAAGAAGUGCAUAUUAAAAAAAGAACAAUGGGGAA